UCAGGGGUGCCUCCUGUUUGACGGGGGGUUGAAAUCUUGACUUGCUUGACUGGCUCCUCGUCGUCGCAGCCCCCGUUCUCCAGAGGAGAUGCUACGCUGAUUCCCGCGUCCACAUUUGGCAUUGCACAUGCAGCUGUCCACUGGUUACGGAGCAAAUUAUCCUCAUGAGCUGCAUGUAAUUACCCUCGACACUACACUUGACACUUGACGUGCAAAUAUUUGCGCGGCCACUACGAAAGCAUCCGUAGCCAUAGCUUACGGAUAUACGCACAUAUCAUCGUGAACGGUGAAUCCGUAGCUCAUCAAUAGAGUCCAGCCGUCGCAUCCCUUCGUCCCAAAUACAUCCUCCCAUCUGCUCCCUCCCUCCCUCUUCUUUUCACCCCAUCUUUAUCCCUCGGCUGUCGUCUCUUGAAGUCCUAAACCCUUGGCUAUCCUGUCUGGUUUUACCUUUUUAUGCAGUGCAGCCGCCAGUAACGCACCCUUCGCAAUCGCACACGGGAGCCGUCCGCAUUCGCACGCCGUUCCCGAGGUCGUCGGCCAUUCCUCUUGCGCCCUAGGCCCAUCGCCGUCUCGUCUUUUUUAUCCAUUCCCAGGGCAUCGUUAGCUUCCUCUUCCUCGGCCCUCCUGUACCUGGCUACCGUUCUUUAAUUAAAAGUAGCUUCCCUCCGGCCUUGUAUCCGUGAGCUAUCGGAUACGAAUAUCGCACAUCCAAAACCCUCCUAGGUACUCCGUACGGACACACUACCUGGCCAACCUUGUCUCGCCCUACAGAACAACCCCAACCUAACCUUGGAACACCAGCCAUUUCCCGGCCUCACCACCACGACACCACCACGCAUUUGGACAUCCAGCCAGCCUGCCCUGCCCGCCCGCGUUGCUUCAUUUCUCGGUUCCUUCCUUCCAGCCCCUGCACCGCUGGAAUUCCCACUUUCACCUCCUCCGCUAUUGAGUUGUGUUUGGCAUUUUACAGCCAAAUAUCCAAUAUCUCCCCCCGCCACCAUUUCUUCUCAGAAAACACUCUUCUCUCCCUUCGACUUUCGCUCUUCUUUUCCUUUCUUUUCUAUCCAAUCUUUUGAUACGCCGUCUCUCCCUCCCUUGAACGCCAAACUUCCAACCAAUCGAUCUCUAUCUGGACAUCGACAGUGCUGCAACGAUCUGCAUUCCCCCGGUGACCUGCAAUCAAGACAAGAAAACAAUUGGACCCGACUUAUCCACCAACCAGUGGCAAUACGAACCCCAUUGAAUCAUAACCCGCAAGCUCCCUCCUUGCUUGCGUCAACCACCAACCCAUCAAGCGUCCGAUCUGCCCGAACUUCUCGAGUCCAGCCUCCACGUCUUCCCACCAGCUCGUCACCUUCUCGUAUCUCCCGGCCUGGCUCCUGCAGCUUGUUCCGUUCAAUCCGCUCCACCGCACCUGCCAUAGGCUCACCAGCUAUCAAAAAGCUUGCUGGAUCGAGACAGCACUAGCGAAUUCCCGCCAAACCUGAGCCACGCUAUGAUGACGUGAAAGACCAGCGUCUCGCCCCUGCCCAACCAUAGCUACCUCGACUAUUUCCCUGUUUCGACAUCUACGCCUUUGUAGUUCCGUUCAAUACGGCGCCAAGGAUCCUUCCCUUCGGUCUCAAGAAUAGUCAACGACGCAAAGUCAUCUCGGCAUAUCGAGCGAAAGAAAAAAGAACUCUCGUUCACCACAAAAUCCAUCGAUUGGCAGUCAUCGCUCCUGCCACGCCUACUUGAACCCUCCAAUCGCGGAUCUCCGAGCUCGACGAUCUCUGGUCAUUCGCUCUCUUCUACUCAGCCAACCCCUCAUUCGCUUUACCAACCACCAACAUCCAUCAUGUCUUCUUCUGAUGGUUCCCUCGGCAGUACGGGCAGCUCAUACUCGCUCUCCAACAUGCCUUACACCUGGAUUCUCACGCCGCUCAUCGUCUUCCUCGCCCUCGGCAUCAUCGCAACUCUCGUUCAGUUUCAACGCCGCCGCCGUCUCCGCAAGCUCGGCCUGCAGCGUCCCUGGCCCCGCCGCGACUUGGAAGCGAAUCGUCAGAGAGGUCAACGGUCGUCGAGAAACGGCCGCUGGGCCUGGACCACACGUAGCGAUGAGGGCCUGGACGAGUUCGGUGAAGCCCCUCCAGCCUAUGAGCCCAAGGCAAAGCCGGGUCAGGCUUACGCUCGCGAGGGUAGCUUCGAGAUGGCACACCACGUCGAGCACACCGCGAGAGGUGCCAUGCCUCCGCCCCCGCCCAUCGGCGGCACAGCAGGCGUCGGCCGUGGCUCUCUGCCUCCGGAUUACGGCACAGCUACCGGCUCCACGUCUUCUUCGACUCCGCCGCCUGCCGUUACCAGCCCGCCUACGGCGAUGACUAGGCACUAAUACCAUCACGCACCCAUCACCACUGGGGUUUAUCAACACUGAUCACCUCCCACUUUUCACAACAUCUUUUUUUCAUUCAUCGGCGUUACAACGAGGCACAAAAAGGGGCGUUUAAGGGAAAGCACAGCAAUGAUACCAUGUUUGAGUUGGGAAUGGGUCCCAUUUUUUCAUCCAAGUCACAGAGCAUACAAGCGGGGGGAGCAGGAUCACAAUCAUCAUCGCAUCGACACAUUACGAGAGACGGUCAACGUCUGGGAUAUGGGCGGGAGGAGGACUGAGGGGUGUUGAAAUGGACCAGUCUGUUGCGUAGGCUACGGGAUAACUGAAGCCCGCAAAGGAUCUUCGGCGGAACACCAUCCAUUCGCAGACAGAAUGCCACAGUUGUUGAUACUGAGGCUGAAUGCAGCAUAUUUCAUGUCUAUUGUAGCCACUACAGUAUUAGUAGCCAGG